GAAACUGAAGGCGCAUCUUUCGGAUGUUGUGUCUACUUUUUCGAGUUCUUACUUUAGGCGUUUUCGUUGCAUGAAUGCAUCGUAAAUAUGGAUUCUGUUAGCACGCGCUUACUCCGAGAUGUGCAGACCUGCAAUUUAGCUGGCAGUCAAGGGUUAAGUAUGAAUCAGGUUGCAGAUGCGGAUAAUGUUCCUACGCAGAUGGUCGAUAAAUGUCAACGAGUCAAGAUGUGGCAGCAAACUAAUUAUCUUUCAGAUUCUGGCAUUCACAGUGCUGUUGGGACUCAUACACCAAGUAUUAGUAGCAAGGUAGAAUGUGAUGACGCCGAAGCAGACGAUCGUUAUUUAACUCAAAAACCAGGUCAUUUACCUCAGUGGUCAUCUUUUCCACUUUCUGUUAACCCGUCGGACUCUUGCCUUUUGUCUCCAGCUACACCUAGUACAAGUAGCAUUCUAGGUGUUGACUCCUUAAGCGAUGUUGGUGGCUCCCACUCUGCAAGUAACGUUGAUCUACGAGGAAACAAGCUACCAGAAAUUGAUACCGAUGAGGCUGCAGGAGCCAUACCAGAACUUGUCAAACUGAUCAAAGAUGAAGAUGAUCAGGUUAUUAUUUACCAGUCAUCAAUGAUGGUUUUUCAAUUGAGCAAGUCGGAAGCAAUCGAUGCCCUUAUCAAAUCGAGAGACAUGAUAGACUGUAUUAUAUCCGCUCUGGACCGAACAGAAGAUCCAGAAACAGUUCGUUUUCUUGCUGGUACAUUAUAUAACAUUUCUCAGAUGCAACCUGGGCUUAAGGCAAUAUUUGCCGCACAAUGUAUCCCCUGUCUUGUUAAGCUUUUGAAUUCUCCUGUAGAAUCAGUUUUGUUCUAUGCAAUAACGACGUUACACAAUCUUCUACUUCAUCAAGAUGGAGCAAAAGCCGUUGUAAGACAGAGUGGGUGUUUACAAAAGAUGACUGCCUUAUUGCGGAAAAAUAAUAUUAAGUUUCUCACCAUAUGCACUGAUUGUCUACAAAUACUGGCUUAUGGUCAUCAGGAAAGUAAACUGCAAAUUCUUUGCAGCGGGGGGCCCGUAGAACUGGUUCGGAUAUUAAGAACAUAUCAGUAUGAAAAGUUACUUUGGACCACGGCUCGAGUUCUCAAAGUGUUAAGCGUGUGUGCGUCUAACAAGCCGGCUAUUAUUGUUGCUGGAGGAAUGGACGCUUUAGCAAAGCACUUACAUAGUUCAAGUCACCGGUUAGUAUUGAACUGCCUUUGGGCACUUCGCAAUUUAUCCGAUGCUGCGACAAAAAUGGAUAAUCUCCAGCCUUUGUUGCACUCAUUGGUCCGUUUAUUGGAUUGUGGUGAUAGCAGUAUGAUUACAUGCGCAGCCGGAAUCCUCUCCAAUCUAACGUGCAAUAACCACGCAAAUAAAUUUGUCGUUUUUAAGAUGGGUGGAGUAGAGGCGCUUUUGCGUGCGGUCAGUCAACCUGCUGUCAAAGAAGAUAUCCUAGAACCAUGUAUGUGCGCAUUGAGGCAUUUAACAAGUCGUCAUGAAGAGGAAGAAACAGCAAGACAUGCCUUGGUCCAUGAACUCAACGGUUUGCCGAUAAUCGCUCGAGUUUUACAUGCAGCAACUGCUGGUAUUUGUCCUGAUCUUGGUUUAGUCUGUCAACAUCCUCAGAAUCCGGUGGUAUCGUGGAUGCUUGUUAAAGCUAUGGUUGGCCUUUUGCGCAAUCUGUCUGUCACCUUAGAUAGUCAUUAUGGUAUGCGUGAAUGUGGGCUUGUCACCGGUUUGUUUUUACUACUUUAUGCAACGCAAUAUGAAAUAAUUAAACGUUCUGUUUCUGCCACUCAUCCAACAUUCUCAACGGUAGUGCAAAGUGUUAGACUCGAGGAGAUUGUGGAAGGGAUUUGUGGUGCACUUCAUAUGCUAGCGAAAGAUCAUGCUACUCGGUCAUAUCUAGCUCUUCUAAAGGCUCCAGCUUUAAGUAUAACUCCAAGUAUUCAAUCUGGCUCUUCUGGUCUUGCGAUAUUCGUCGAACUUCUCCAUUCGCCUCAUGAGUCCAUCCAGCGUGCCGCAGCAGGCGUCCUCGCAGAGGUUUCACAGGAUCGUGAUGGCCUUGAGGCUUUAGCUACCUUACCUGGAGCAGGCUCAAGGUUCGAUGAACUGGUUCGCUCUAGGAACGAAGCUAUCUCAACUUAUGCAUCUGCAGUAGUCAUCCGACUAGCUGAAGAGCGUAGGGGUAUAGGCAGCAACCCGUACAUUUUUUCAUCUCAUAUAGAAUCGCUAAAUACCCCACCUUUACCAAUGGAUACAGGGGAAGUUUAUCAUGUGCCUACUGUUCAUCAUCCGGGGGGCACUUUGCAUCCUGAAAUGCCUUCAUUAACUCAUCAUGGGAGUUGGAACCAUGGUCCCUUACAGACUCAUCCUCUAGAAUCUGGAAACACAUGUGGUAGUCCUUCCAACUCGUUGAUGGAGAUGCUUGGACCAUUUCCACCUGGUUGCAAGGGUAAAUAGUUUGUUUAGUUAUCAUUUUAUGUACUCGAUCAUAACUGUUGUCUUUACUUAACGCUGAAACUUAGUUGUGGUUGGUAUUAAUUUGAUUUUUCGUUUCCUGAUGGAUCUCAUUGUACUAAUAUAAGGUAUGGCGACUUUGAUACACUUUUGCACCACGUCAUAUAUUGUUUGUGCUUACUUGUUACAUCUCGUGUAGGCUUGGCUAUAAAAGUUUUAGCAGGCAAGUUUACGUUUUCUAAAGGUUUGUAAACGUUACUUAUUUUCGACCCAGUGCUAAACCAUAAUUGUUUUCAUUGUUGAUUUCCCCGGCAUGGAAACAUAAGUCUUAAUAAUGUUAUAGUCCACACUGUUUCUGUCUGCCACUACAGGCUUAUCUCCUUAGUUCUCAAUUAUAGUAACUAGUUUUCCAUUAAUCCUAUCUGAGAGAUGGGGAUCUGUAUUUAAGAAUAAUGAAUUAUUUGAUUCAUUGAUAGAAAGUCAACAAAAAACAAGCUGUAUUUGUGCCUAUUUAAAAUUAGGAAACGUAUUAAUAAUAAUUAUGUCACUACUUUUAAAAAUGGAGUUAAAUUUUUUAACGAUUGUUCUAAAUGACAUACAUGUUCCGAAAUCGGAAUCACUGUUACUUUGAUUGAAAUUACUUCCGUAAAAAGUGAGUUAGCAUGUGAACCGUUUUAAUAUAUGAUUUCCAUACGAAAAUGAGAUGGGAUUUCUGACCGUAUAGAGUGUAUAUUCUGAGAUAGUUUGUACGGAAAUCACUCAAAGUUGAUGCAAAUUUGGAAGUCAUUUGUUUUUAAAGUAAUUGUGUAGUUAUGCUGUCAUAAUUGUUAGUUUUUUUUAUCUCCUUGUCAAUUUAGGUUCUGUGUGCAAUGAUUGUUGCUCUUACUGGGGUGAUUGUGAUCCUCCUGGGACUUGCUCCGAUCCAAAUUGUAUUUAUAAUGGCAAUAAUAAUCAAUCAUCUGGAACGUACUCUGAAUUGCAACCAGUAAAAUUAUACCACAACAUACGCUCACCAAGUCGUACUGGAUUUGUGGGUUGUGGAAAUACAUAUUCUGUGGGGCCAACAUUUGUGUCUUCAUCUGUUCAGAAUAUUGACAAUACUCACCAGUUACAGGGAUCUAAUCCCGUUUUGCCCACUGGAAUGAGUGUGGUGCCUCGCAGGUCAUGUGUCGGAAGUAUAAGUUCAAGUGGUUACUUAAGUCCGGGUGGUGAUAUGUUUUUAAAUCCUUCACCUUCAGAAUACAAGCCGUUUCAUGAAGAUAACCAAGGUAUCUUGAGACCAUCACUUUUAGAUCAACAAACACACGCUGCUUCAAUUUCUUCACCUGCAAUACCUUCACGAACUGUUAGUGCUGGUUAUCUUAGUCCCGAUUUAAUGGCUUUAGAAGAAACCGAUCCUGAUUGGUUUGGAGGCCCUGCCGUAAUGUGAAUCUUUCUUUUUUUGUAGACGAAAGUUAGACUUAAUUUUUAGUCUUUUUUAAAAUACUGGUGCCUCUAGGCUUUCAACUUGAAAGCCACUUCUUUUUCUUGUUGCAAUAAACUUACAGCAGUUGGUUUUCUUCUUUCUGACCCAUUGUUACACACAAGUGCAUCUAUUCAUGAGUAUGAUUACAAAGGGAAAAAAUCAAAUGUCUGUUUUUUCUUUCUCCAAGCAAUUGUAUGUUAAGCUUUUCGAUUUUCGAUGGAAUGUUUUAUUUUGAAGAUUUUUUAUACGGAAUAUGAAUUCCAGUUGCCUUUUUAAUUUACAGUUGCUAUAGUUGGAUAAAUAAUAUGAUGUUAUGUGAUUGGUGCGUUUGUCUACUUUCUCAUCGCAUAUUGAAAUAUAGAUCAAAUUUUCUACACAACUAAAUAAACACUGAUUAAAGAAUUGAACAAGAAAAAAGCAACAUGAUAUAAUUUAGGUAAGUAGGUACUUUUGUUAUACCUUUCGUUAUUCUUGAUGGAAAGUUGAAUAGCUCAUCAAUGUGUUGUUUGUCUUAAUUUGUUUUUGCUUUUUUUGAUUAUAACUAACUUACUGUUGAGUGAUCUACCGUUAUUUCGAUUGUCUUUUUUAAAAAAUAUUGAGUAGCCUACACUAUACAUAAUAUUGAAACACAUUUUAAAACAUUAAAAACUUUUACUAAGCUUAUUCUUACUUUUUACUACUCUGCACACCACUUUUAGCGCCAUCAUCAUUUUAUUUCUUACUUUUGAAUGCCACUAAUCAACAAAUACACAUGCAUACUUAUACACUUUUUAUCACUCCAGCGGCAUUAUUUAUGUUAUUACUAUUAAUCAUAUUUGUUUGUCCUUUUCCCAGUUUUGACUGUUUUUGCUUUUUCUCUAAAUAAUUAUGAUUACGAUCACUAGUUCACACAGAGCACCUUGUUCUGGAUAUAAACAUUAUUAUUUCA